AUGACAGCUGUGGGAACCUACAUCCGUCUUCUGGUCAGAGACUACCAGAUCUCGACGCACACUGUGUUGUUGAAGGGUGAUCAAGCAUCUGGUAACUCGAAGAGCACCUUUUGCAUACAGAGUUCGCAGUUUACACAGACUGAUCUCGGCGUCCGGUGGCUGUCUAUUUGCUGGGGUAGUGAAGGUGCUCAAGUGCUCGACAUCGAAUUCGCCGAAAACCCGCACCACAUCGGUGCUGCCGUAGUUCGAGUUUCGGCUGAUAAGGUGGCACCGCAAGCGCACGGCAGAGACCGAGUUGCAAGCAUGUAA